ACGUCACUCUGCUGUGUUUCUCACUGAGCUCAACACUCUCUAUAAGCUUCCGCAGCCACCAGUCUCGGAACCUCGCGAGAGAGAGAGAAAUGAUCACCGUUUCGCUGCACUAAUCGCCGCCGGAGGAAUUCGUCGUUUCUUGCCGGAGAAUCCAAGAUCUCUCAAUCUCCGACGACCUAGAUAACUAACUAACUCUCUUCUUCUUCUUCUUCGCGAUUAUUAGGUUAGGGUUUUUAUUAUAGCUUCUAUGGCUUCGGAGGAUGUGAAGACCACCGGCGAAUCCGCCGUAACGAAGAUCGUCAGUUUGGCGGAGGAGGCAAAGCUCGCCAGAGAAGGCGUUGUUAAGGCUCCCAACUAUGCCUUAGCUAGCAUCUGCAAGUCCCUCGUUGCCGGUGGAGUCGCCGGAGGAGUAUCACGUACGGCAGUUGCUCCGCUGGAGCGGUUGAAAAUUUUGCUGCAGGUCCAGAAUCCUCAUAAUAUAAAAUACAAUGGAACAAUACAAGGCCUAAAAUAUAUAUGGAGAACUGAAGGUUUCCGUGGACUGUUCAAAGGGAACGGAACUAAUUGUGCUCGAAUUGUCCCUAAUUCUGCUGUGAAGUUCUUCAGUUAUGAGCAAGCUUCCAAAGGUAUACUGUAUAUGUAUCAGCAGCAAACUGGAAAUGAGGAUGCUCAGCUGACUCCUGUUUUACGUCUUGGAGCUGGAGCAUGUGCUGGAAUAAUUGCUAUGUCUGCAACCUACCCAAUGGAUAUGGUUCGAGGCAGGAUCACUGUGCAGACUGAGAAAUCCCCUUAUCAGUACAGGGGAAUGUUUCAUGCUCUGAGUACUGUGCUCAGAGAAGAAGGUCCACGUGCUUUAUAUAAGGGCUGGCUGCCUUCAGUAAUUGGAGUUAUUCCUUAUGUGGGUCUCAACUUUGCUGUCUAUGAGUCUCUAAAAGAAUGGUUAAUUGAAUCCAAACCAUUUGGUCUAGUUCAAGAUUCUGAGUUGAGUGUGACAACACGCCUGGCUUGUGGUGCUGCUGCUGGAACUGUUGGACAAACUGUUGCUUAUCCUCUUGAUGUCAUUCGCCGAAGAAUGCAGAUGGUUGGUUGGAACCAUGCUGCUUCUGUUCUUACCGGAGAUGGAAGAGGCAAAGUCCCGCUUGAAUACACUGGAAUGGUUGAUGCAUUUAGGAAAACCGUUAGGCAUGAAGGAUUUGGUGCAUUAUACAAGGGUCUGGUGCCCAAUUCUGUUAAGGUGGUCCCAUCCAUUGCACUUGCAUUUGUAACAUAUGAGGUGGUGAAGGACAUUUUAGGAGUUGAGAUCAGAAUAUCAGACUAAAGUUCGAUAACCACAUGAUAUUUAUUUACCUGGUGUGGCUUUUUUGGGUAGGCAAGGGGAUGCAAGAUGGUAACUUAGAGUUAUUUUCUUGUUUUUCAUCUCUCCAAGGAUGAGUUUAGAAACUCUAGAGCUAGUGUCUAUAAAUUUAUUCCCUUGUUCUUAUUGUUUUCCUUGUGAAAGUGCCUAGUUUUUGGCUUCUUAUUCAUCUUGUAUGUCAAUAAGUGUUAUUGUGGCAAAACAAUGCAAGGACAUAUCUGCCUUAGCGUUCUGCACUAGUUAAUAAAACAUUUUUCUUAGUGAAGUUUGCAGUGACCAA